GGGUCUACUGUCCUGAAAAGGCUGAGAAUGUGGCUUGGAGAAACUAUUUGGUAAGCCCUGUGGGUUGGUGCUGAGUGCCAACAUUGAACAACCGGGUUUCCCCUUCCCAAGGUGUGUGAAAAAGGGAUGAGAGUAUGUGUGUGUGGGGGGGUCCCCCUAUGUGUUUGUCUAUGUGGGUGUCUCCAGUUAGGUAUCCACAUGUCUGUACCUUUGUCAGUUACUCCGUGAAUAUGUCAGUUUCCGGGUGAGAGAGGGUAGGGUGAUGUGCAAGUUCUGCCUACGUGUGUGCAGGUCGGUGUAUACGUUAUGUUUGGGUGCACCCGGGGCAGGUCUCCCCGGGUCACACCCACAUGACUUGUUUCUAUGAGGUUAAACCAUUUGAUAAUACCUCCCCCAAAGCAAAGCUGACUGUUGAGCCAGCCUGUCACGAACUGGGUCUGUGUACUGUAGAUAAACUGGGUAAUUGGACUCUCCGCCUCUUCAUCCAAAACAAACACUCACAGACCGCCCACCCCCACGCUGGAAGGAGUCUGGUUCCUGUCAUCUGGGUACUUGGCUCCAGUGCCCCGCCUCUCUGACCCUGUAGACAAGGGCCAGGCGCGGACGCCGCCGGACCGCGCAGUCUGGAGGGACUGUGAAGCGCUGGCCGGCGUCGGGGCCCUUGCCCCGGGGUCGGGCGGGAGCCGGCGGACGGGAGCCAGAUGGAGGCGGCGAGAGGGGGCGCGGAGUAGCGGGCGGCCCCCCGGGCUCGCACCUCCCGCGGCGCCGUGGCGCUCCGCGGGCACUGGGGCGCGGCCCCCCGGGCUGCCAUGGAGGUGCCUAACGUCAAGGACUUCCAGUGGAAGCGCCUGGCGCCGCUGCCCAGCCGCCGGGUCUACUGCUCCCUGCUGGAGACCGGGGGGCAGGUCUAUGCCAUCGGGGGAUGUGACGACAACGGCAUCCCCAUGGACUGCUUUGAGGUCUACUCCCCCGAGGCCGACCAGUGGACCGCCCUGCCCCCCCUGCCCACGGCCCGGGCCGGGGUGGCCGUCACCGCCCUGGGGAAGCGGAUCAUGGUGAUCGGGGGUGUGGGCACCAAUCAGCUGCCCCUGAAGGUCGUGGAGAUGUACAACAUCGAUGAGGGCAAGUGGAAGAAGAGGAGCGUGCUGCGUGAGGCCGCCAUGGGCAUUUCUGUCACGGCCAAAGAUUACCGAGUGUAUGCGGCAGGCGGGAUGGGCCUGGACCUCCGUCCACACAACCACCUCCAACACUAUGACAUGCUCAAGGACAUGUGGGUGUCACUAGCACCCAUGCCCACGCCGAGAUAUGCUGCCACCUCCUUCCUCCGAGGCUCCAAGAUCUAUGUGCUAGGGGGACGACAGUCCAAGUAUGCAGUCAACGCCUUUGAGGUUUUUGACAUCGAGACUCGCUCCUGGACCAAGUUCCCCAACAUUCCCUGUAAGCGGGCCUUCUCCAGCUUUGUGACCCUGGAUGACCGCUUGUACAGCCUGGGAGGCCUGAGGCAGGGGCGGCUCUACCGGCAGCCCAAGUUCCUCCGGACGAUGGACGUGUUCGACAUGGAACAAGGGGGAUGGCUGAAGAUGGAACGCUCGUUCUUCCUCAGGAAGCGGCGGGCAGACUUUGUGGCCGGCGCUCUGAGUGGACGGGUCAUAGUGGCCGGAGGACUUGGGAACCAGCCCACUGUCCUGGAGACGGCAGAGGCGCUCCACCCCGGGAGGAACAAGUGGGAGGCCCUCCCCACCAUGCCCACGCCCCGCUGCGCCUGCUCCAGCAUUGUCGUCAAGAACUGCCUCCUGGCUGUAGGGGGCGUCAACCAGGGUCUGAGCGACGCGGUGGAAGCCCUGUGUGUCUCUGACUCCUAGCUCUCAGCACAGCGCCUGUGCCCCGGACCGGAUCAGCCCACUCUCCACAAGAGGAAUGGUCUCGUCAAAGCAGUGUGGGCGACUUCCCAGGAUGCCAGCUCCUGUCAGCAGCUAGUGGGGUCAGGCCCCGGGGUUCUGAGGGACCUCCCUCCGCCUCCAAACCCUACCCAUCCCAGGAAACCAUGCGAAGUCCCAGGGACUCAGCCAGUCUCCAGCUGGAGGCCAGCUGAACUCUGAGGAGAGUCCCCCCCCCCUUACUGCUCAGGCAGAGAAAGACACAGGAGUCCUGGCUAUCUCCCCUUCCUGUGAGUUCCACCUCCCCCCGUGUCCAGGGUAGGGGGUGGGCAGGGCCGAAGACAGCUGCUAUCACUGUCCUCUCCCCAGCUCUGAACUAGUUUGAGGGUCUCUCGGGAUGGAAAAGGGAGAAGGUUCGCAAAGAGUCCCAAACCCCUCGCUUCUCCCUUGGUCUACAUCCCUUCCCCAUUUGGUGGUCAGCCGUGGGCCUGCCCUAGCCCUCGUCCCCUCAGCAAGAAUUGGCCUUGGAGUCAGGUUCACGGGGACUGGUCCAGGUCAGUAGCCUCGGCCAGGAAGGACCCGUGCCUCUCAGGUCCUCGAGGGUAACGUGACGACGGGGAAGCAGCAGACGCCCAGCCCAGGCUCUGCUUCCCACUCCUCCCCUCGCUCACUUUCUCCGUCCGCCACCCUCCCCUCGCCCUUUUGUCACCCGCGGCCCCAGCGCAUUUCUGGGCAAAACCUUCUCAUGUACACUGUGGCAUCCAAAUCCACGAAGGAUGGAUUAACUGCACUCUGGUUAACAGCAGCAGCACAACAAUUAAAAUCUAUAUUCCUA